GGCAGGAGGAGAGGUUGCCAUAGAGGGUCUGAACGCCACCGCCAAAUCCUCACGGCUUCGCCUUUACGCCGCUGCGGAUCCCCGGGGAGGGUAACCGGAGGGGUGGGGGGGCCCGCUGCUCGUGCUCCCUGUUAGCCACGGUCACCUCCGCAGUCACCAGAGCACAUUCAACCCAGCAGCUCCGGCACGGGAACCCUGCCUCUGAGGGAGCUCCCUACAAGCGUGGGCAGCCCAGGGGAGGCAUUGCCCUCCCUUUGCCUUCGUUAAUAAGCAAAGGCGAGGGGCGAGCCCCCCAUCCUCUUGCCAGUCCCCCCCCCCUCUUCUCCGCCGCCCCCGGCUCGUUGUUUGCUGUAGCACAGCCCUCCCCGCCACCUCCCUUCCCUGGGUUGUUGCAAUGGACUCUCCCAAUGCUCAGCGUGUGUGUCGGAGGCUGCGGCGUUAACCAGGCUGGGUCUGGUACCCGUGAGCUGUUUUCCUGCCAUAUCGUUGCCGGACCAUCCUUCCUCGCAGCGCAGGAGGCAGACGCCGAAAGGAGGGCUGGAGCAGAGUGAGGGUUGAAACAGGUCCGGGCCGGCAUCCAGGGUCCUCCCACAUCCUCUGCCAGCCGGUGCCACACGGAUGGGUAGCGCCGUUGCCCGUCUCCCUGCAUCCCACCACGGCCCCCAGGUGUGAGGGUGCAGCCCCCGACGCAGAGACACACCAUCCCCCCCCCCCCCCCCCAAAUCCCGGUGUCCUGGACGAUCCCACCGGCACCAUGGAUGAGAGCUUCCGAGACCGGACGGCGUUCAUCCGAGGCGCCAAGGACAUCGCCAAGGAGGUGAAGAAACACGCGGCCAAGAAGGUGAGCAAGGGCAUGGACCGCGUGCAGGAUGAGUACACCAAGCGCUCCUACUCCCGCUUCGAGGAAGAGGAGGAUGAUGAAGAUUACCCACCCCAGGACGGCUACUACCGAGGGGGCGAGGGGGCCAACGAAGAGGAGGGGGCUUCCAGCGAUGCCACCGAGGGUCACGACGAGGAGGACGAGAUCUAUGAGGGCGAGUACCAGGGCAUCCCCCGGCAUGACUCACUGAAGACUGGGGAGCGGUUGGGGGCUGAGGCGGCUGUCGGCGCCUUUGAUGACAGCGAGGGACAGCGACGGAAGGACAAGGAGGAGCUGGCGCAGCAGUACGAGCUCAUCCUGCAGGAGUGUGGCCACGGCCGCUUCCAGUGGACCCUCUACUUCGUCCUGGGACUGGCCCUCAUGGCUGACGGCGUGGAGGUCUUCGUGGUGGGCUUCGUCCUGCCCAGUGCAGAGAAGGACAUGUGCCUCUCCGACUCCAACAAGGGCAUGCUGGGGCUCAUCGUGUACUUGGGCAUGAUGGUGGGCGCCUUCCUGUGGGGCGGGCUGGCCGAUCGCCUGGGCCGAAGGCAGUGCCUCCUCAUCUCCCUCUCCGUCAACAGCGUCUUUGCCUUCUUCUCCUCCUUUGUCCAAGGCUACGGCACCUUCCUCUUCUGCCGCCUCCUCUCAGGCGUGGGCAUCGGUGGCUCCAUCCCCAUUGUCUUCUCCUACUUCUCGGAGUUCCUGGCGCAGGAGAAGCGCGGGGAGCACCUGAGCUGGCUCUGCAUGUUCUGGAUGAUCGGGGGCAUCUACGCCUCCGCCAUGGCUUGGGCCAUCAUCCCCCACUACGGCUGGAGCUUCCAGAUGGGCUCAGCGUACCAGUUCCACAGCUGGAGGGUCUUUGUCCUGGUCUGCGCCUUCCCCGCGGUCUUUGCCAUUGGGGCGCUCACCACCAUGCCCGAGAGCCCCCGCUUCUUCCUGGAGAAUGGCAAGCAUGACGAGGCUUGGAUGGUGCUGAAGCAAGUCCAUGACACCAACAUGCGGGCCAAGGGCCACCCCGAGAGGGUCUUCUCGGUCACCCACAUCAAGACCAUCAAGCGGGAGGACGAACUCAUCGAGAUCCAGUCGGACACCGGCACGUGGUACCGGCGCUGGCUCGUCAGAUUCUUCAACCUCUCACAGCAGGUGUGGAGCAACUUCCAGCAGUGCUUUGCGCCCGAGUACCGCCGCAUCACGCUGAUGAUGAUGGCCGUGUGGUUCACCAUGUCCUUCAGCUACUACGGGCUGACGGUCUGGUUCCCGGACAUGAUAAAGCACCUGCAGAACAUCGAGUACGCCUCACGCACCAAGCUCUUCACCCACGAGAAGGUCCGGCAUUUCACCUUCAACUUCACCCUGGAGAACCAGAUCCACAAAGGCGGGGAGUACUUCAACGACAAGUUCAUUGGCCUGAGGAUGAAAUCGGUGACGUUCGAGGACUCGCUCUUUGAGGAGUGCUACUUUGAGGACAUCACCUCCAGCAACACCUUCUUCAAGAACUGCACCUUCAUCUCCACUGUCUUCUACAACACAGAUCUCUUUGAGUACAAGUUCAUCAACAGCGAAGUGGUGAACAGCACCUUCCUGCACAACAAGGAGGGCUGCCAGCUGGACUUCAGCGACGACAACAAUGCCUACAUGAUCUACUUCGUCAGCUUCUUGGGCACCUUGGCCGUCCUCCCCGGGAACAUCGUCUCGGCUCUCCUCAUGGACAAGAUCGGCCGCCUUCGCAUGCUGGCCGGCUCCAGCGUGAUGUCCUGCGUCAGCUGCUUCUUCCUCUCCUUCGGCAACAGUGAGUCGGCCAUGAUCGCACUGCUCUGCCUCUUCGGCGGCGUCAGCAUUGCCUCCUGGAAUGCCCUCGAUGUGCUCACUGUGGAGCUCUACCCCUCCGACAAGAGGACGACGGCCUUUGGCUUCCUCAAUGCCCUUUGCAAGCUGGCGGCCGUGCUGGGUAUCAGCAUCUUCACCUCCUUUGUGGGCAUCACCAAGGCGGUGCCCAUCUUCCUGGCCUCCGCCGCCCUGGCCCUCGGCAGCUCCCUCGCCUUGAAAUUGCCGGAAACUCGGGGGCAAGUCUUGCAGUGAUGGGGGGGGAAGGCUGAGGGAGAGGAAUCCCCCCCCUCCCCAACUGCCACCACCACCACCUCCCUGUGCCAACUGCCCCCCCCACCCCCCCAAUCCCAGCUCCCCUCCUUGCCCCCCCCCACCGGGGGAUUAGUCUUGUUAGACACUGUGAAACGUCUUCUUGGAGCAUUUGGGAUCUUUUUCAUUUGCACUUGGAACCCCCCCAAAACCCCCUGCCUCCCCCUUUAAGCUCCCCCAUUUCUUUUCUUGGUGUCAUCCCCUCUGUGAAUAGCUGCUCGCUCCUGGGGGGCUGCGGGGGGCUGAGGGUGGGGGGUUGGGGGUGCCUUGGCCUCACAGGGUAGGGGGGGACAGGGCCUCUGUCCCCCCUCCCGGCCAGGCCUGGGGAGGAGGAGGAGGAGGAGGAGGAGGAAGGCUCCGUCCUCAGCCCCAUGGCAGGGAUGGGGUGGUGGUGGCUCUGUGACUCAGUUUCUCCAUCCGGAAGGACGGUGUCCAGCGCUGCCCGGGGUGAGGUCAGCGGGUGACGGGGUCUCCAUCUGCACCCCAGGAGGAUUUGGGGGGGGGGGGUACCUUGGGUUGCACGGCCUUUUGGGUUGCAGGACCCCUUGGGGCGCACAGCACCUGGGCAUGCACAAUGCCUUGGGGUGCACGGCACAUUGGGGUGCUCGAGCCUUCGGGGUGCACAACCUUUUUGGGUGCAUGGCACUUCGAGAUGCAUUGCAUGUUGGGGUGCAGAUCCUUUUGGGGUGCAUGGUUUGUUGGGUUGAACUGCACGUUGGGGUGCAAAACCCCUUGGGGUGCAUGGCACCUUGGGGUGCACAACACUUUGGAGUGCACAACGCCUUGGUUUGUGUGGCAUUUUAGGGUGCAUGCUGCCUUGGGGUGCAUGGUGCCUUGGGGGGGGUGCAAAGCCCCUUGGGGUGCACGGUGCUUCAGCAUGCACAGCACCCCACGGUGCCCGGCACUUUGGGGUGCACAAACCUUGGGGUGCAGAGUCCCUCAUUGAGCACAGCCCCCUGGGGUGCCGCCGGCCCAUUGCACCUCAGGGUGCAGCAAGCCCUGACCACAGCAGCCCCUCAUCUAAUUUUGGGGUGCAGGGCCCUCCCCCCCACCUUCACCAGGCACUGCCCAGCUAUGGCUGGGUGCCCCGAGGCAUCACCCAUGGCUGCUGCUGGCCUUCGCGUGAUGCCUCCCAGCUCGUCGAUUCGGGUUCGUGGUGGGGGUGCAAGGGCUGCCCCAGACACAACCCCCUUGGAUGGGGGCGGGGCUGGGGGACACAGUUGCGUUUUGGGGUGCAGUGGCGUGGGAACUCCCAAAACUGCCUUUUUUUUUUUUUUUUUUUUUUAAACUCGUUUUUAAAGGAUUUUCUUUCUUAGGGGUGCUGGGGGGGGGCGUGGGGUGCUCCCUGCACCCCCUUUUCCCCCCCACGCCCCCUUUCUCCCCAGCCCAGAGCACAAAACCACCAGCGGUUUGCAAAGCACAAAGCAGCGCCCAGAUGCAGCACCGGGGACACCCCCCCCCCCAAAAAAGGUGGGGUACGGGGGGGGGGCCUGGGGCUGUGCCCCCCCCGGAUCGGUCCCCAGCAAGAGAUGGGAAGUGUUGGUCUAUGCAAAAGCGCUUCAGAGGCCCCCGGCAGCCCCCCAACAUCACAGGCAGCCCCACAAUAUUUAGGGCAGCCCCCACCCCCCCAGCAUCGUGAGCAGCCCCCCCUCUAAGCGAUCGAGCGGUGUGUGCUUCUCCUCCUCCUCCUCCUCCUCCCCAUCCUUCGGUGUAGCUGGUCCUUUGGGGAGCACCCCUGUAGUUCUGUCCGUACGCAGUCGUGCCGUGCUGUAGUUUUUAGAUGUUUGUAAAUUAAUUAAACAAAAACAAAAAAACCAAACAAAACCCAA